CUGGCCGGCGUGCACGCGCGGGUGAUGCGCUAGCCAUGAUCUCGCAGAAGCUUUCGUACGGCGACGUGCCGACGUCGGCGUCGCUGUCCUCGCUGUCGCCGGGCCUCGCGCCGCCCUACGUUAACGGUAUGGGCUGCAUGCCGGCGCAGCCCUAUCCGAAUCUAUACUCCAACAACAUGGUCGCGGGCGGCUCGUGUAUGGGCUCCCCGAGUGUCGGCUACUCGCCGCCCAGCACCAUGGCCUCCUGCAUGGGCGGCGCCGGCGCCGUGCCCUACGGCUCCUUGCCGCGAGAGCAGGAGGCCGCCUCACCCACCUCAGCGCUGCAGCGGGCCCGCAACGACAAGACGUACCGCCGCUCCUACACGCACGCGAAGCCGCCGUACUCCUACAUAUCGCUCAUCACGAUGGCUAUCCAGAAUAAUCCUUCACGCAUGCUGACGCUCUCCGAAAUCUACCAGUUCAUCAUGGAUCUGUUCCCUUUCUACAGACAAAACCAGCAGCGCUGGCAGAACUCGAUCCGACAUUCGCUGUCCUUCAACGACUGCUUUGUGAAAGUGCCGCGCACGCCGGACAAGCCCGGAAAAGGUUCCUUUUGGACGCUACAUCCUGACAGCGGGAACAUGUUCGAAAACGGUUGUUUCUUGCGACGUCAGAAACGAUUCAAGGACGAGAAGAAAGAGACAUUGAGACAGGCCCAGAAGGCGCAGCAGACGCACGGACACCACGGGGGCUCACACGACAAGCGCGGCGAGCACGGGCACGACAAGAGCGCGCCGCCCGGGCCCGGCGAGGACAAGGAGAUGCGUGACGAGCUCCUGGCCCAGCUGCACGCCGCGCCCGAGCUCUGUCUGCCGGAGCACACGCCGCUCGCCCUCGAGCACUACGCGCAGCUCAAGCAGGAGCCGAGCGGGUACGCGCCGGCGCAGCACCCGUUCAGCAUCACCCGCCUGCUGCCCGGCGCCGACACCAAGGCGGAUCUCAAGAUGUACGACGUGAACUAUGGAUACGGGCACUCGCCGGCGGAUAACUACUACCAGUCGCCGCUGUACCACCAUCACCACGCGCACGCGCAGCCGCCCUUGUGACAAUACCCCCUGGCGUAGGCCGUCCGCCGCGCGCCCUCGUGGUGCGUGCCGCAGGACGAGUCCGCCGCGCCAUAGCCCAGCCGCCGCCGCAGCCGCCGCCGGGCCGCACAACCCGACAAUCUCAUCAAUGAUAUUGGACUCCAAGUGAGCGUUACGUGUUCUGGUGAUAUUACCUACGGAGCGGUCGCGCUCGCCCGAGGACCCUGUAUAUUUGUGUAUAUAUUUGAGUUAACGAAGAGUCCGUCGUUGUGUGCAUUUCAUUCCUAGAUAGAUGUUUAGUGCACGCGGAAGGCUGAGGGCGAGCGCCGACCCGCGAUUCUAGGCCUAAAUCUUAUGUCGAACUUUCGAGAAAGUGUCCUUUAUAGUCAUUAUAUUCGACUCUAAUUUGUACACUCCGACUUUUAGGACUUUUAAAACAUGCCGGCAGUUAGUUCUCAUGUAGUAACGGACGCGUGUAACAGAGGAAGUAAUGCGAUCGAUACCUUAUCGGUUAUCGCUCGUUUCGCUUAUCUAUCGAUAUUUAGAUAAUAAGCUUAAUAUUUGUUUGUGUAUCGCGUUGAUGUCUUUUAUUAAGUAAACAAACAAAUUAAGUUCAUUUAAAUUCUAAACACAUUAAUGUAUAGAAAAGAGAGAAAAAAACAGCGACUUCUUCAUUCAAAUCUAUAAGUACUAUUUACAAUAUAACUGAUGAUCAACUUAAAAGAUAAUUCAAAAAAAAAGGUUACUAUUGAAAUUCGAAUCAACAAAAUGUCCUCGAGUGUACAAUUUGGAGGAUAAUGACGUCAUAUCGUGGACGUAUGUACUGUGCAAUGUGUAUGAAAUAUGUAUAAAAAAUAAUAAUAAUAACGAAAAAUAUUAAUUAAAAUUAUAUUAAUUAUUUAGAUAGGGACAAAAAUUGAAUUUAAUUUGUACUCGACCAUCGCGUAUAUAAGAUUUGUAUAUAUAGUUCGUAAGUUAUGGUGUUUGGUGUAAGGUAGGUACCUAUCUUGGCUUCUGCAAGUAAUGUACAUUGAAAAUUUAAGUGAUAUUUCAUUGUUUUUUUUUUUAGCAUCAAAGCUUUUGACGAAAAGGCAUCUGAGGAAAAUUAUUUCUUUUAAGUUUGACACAGUUUAAUUCGGUAUAGUUGUAUUUAGUAUUUCUUCAAUUAUUAUAAUUACAUAGUAUUUUCGUGGUAAAUUUAUAAAAACGGCUUUAAUUAUUGUAAAAAAUACAAAAAAUGGGAUUUGCUUGGUACACCGGACUAGAUAAAUUGUUUACUAAUAAUGAUGGCUACAUUGUAUAUUAAUAGACAGUUUUGAUAUUUUUUUAUAAAAACAAUAUGUCAUUUCCUUAAUCGUUUUCCGUCAAAUAGCUUCACUAUUUAUUGAUAGUAAAAUUCUAGAUGUUUCUAAUGUACUACCAUAGAUUUUGCAUUCACUAAACAUUCAAUUAUCCUUUGAUAUUAAGAAAUGUGAGGUCCUUUAUACAUGUUGUGUCCAUUAAAAAAAAUAACAACAUUUUACUCUCCAAGUACGCAUUGAGGACAUAUCGGAAAGACGCGAUCCCAUAAUAUGCACUCCUAUAUAUAAUCCGAACACUAUUUCUCAAAAGGCAUACCUUAGUAAAGCAUACUUACUAAAUAUAGAAAAAUAUAUUUAACAUAGUUAUUGUCACUUCAGUUUUCAAUGUUCGUUUCCAAUAUAUAUUUAUAUGCAAGCGUUGGUUUAGCAUGUGUAGCAUUACCGUAGAUUGGGCGUGUGAUCAAUCAAUAGUGCGUGUGGCAAAUAAUAUUUAUUGUACGAUAGCUGUGGCGAUUCUCAUAAACUUUCGACUUAAGCAAUAUUUUUUUCUCGAAUUUAAAAAUAAUUUAUGUUUCUAAAAAAAUUUCUCAUCAUAAUAACUAUACUAUUUUAAUUAUUAAUUUCAGUGAAUUAUUGAAAACAUCCUAGUCAUUUUGAGUUUUAUAUUCUUUAUAUAUUUAAUUCGGAAGAAACUAUAAAGCAAUUUUAAUAAAUU